AUGGUUUCAUUCAAGACCACCGUCCUGGCAGCAACCUCGUUGCUCGCCACGGCUAUCCAUGCCGACUACGUUAUCAACCCCGACAGUGUUUCUCUCUCUUUAAGAAACUAUUGGUGCCAGCAGGAGAAGACAUCAUGCCCUCUCAUCUGUCAGCAAACCGAGCCGGGUACAACCCUGGUCAACACUUGUGAUCCGGAAACAUUAACAUACGGCUGCCUGUGCGGUAACAACCUGCAGCCCAACGUCUCCGAGUACUCCUUGACUAUUCCCUACUUUACAUGUACGGAAUGGGGCAGCCAAUGUGUCACGGCCUGUGGCCAAGACAACGCCUGCUCCAGCGCUUGCCGAGAGGACCAUCCCUGUGGUGCCCAGAACCCAGUCAGGGAGAACACGACUUCCACGGCGAGCGGCACCGCUACAGCAUCGGGCACCGCAACGCAGUCCGCCGGCGCGAUCUACACUGGCCUUGAUGGAAGCGGCUCCUCCUCGUCCUCCUCCUCCAGCUCGUCGCCAGCUGGCAACGCGGCACCGCGGAACUUGGAGGUCGGCAGCUUCUUGGGUUUCUUCAGCCUCGCAGCCGGUGUAGUAGUUGGCUUCGGCCUGCUCGUCUAA